AUGGUCAACCCCGGAAAUGUCGCUGGCGGUCACAAGGCCAACAUCAACAACCCGAACACGUCUGAGGAGUCGAAGGAGCACUCGCGCCAGGUGCUAUCCGAGAUCGAGGAAUCCGGCAUUCUAGACCAGCCCAAGCACGGCAAGAACCCUAAUAAUGUCGCGGGCGGUCACAAGGCCACCAUCAACAUUCAGUCUUUCUCUCUUCUUAACUCGCCACCCAAUAUUCAAUGA